AUGGAGGAUUAUUCCAGUGCAAAAUUAAUAGCCUAUGUUGAAGUUAGAGGUGGAGAGGUUAGUUUGGAUCUAAGUGGAAAAGGACUCUCCAGGAUACCUGAUGCAGUCACUGAACUGACUGAAGUGGAGAAACUCAAACUGGAUAACAAUAACCUGACUGAAUUACCAACAAGUAUUAACAAGCUAAAAAAUCUUGUCAGACUCCACUUGUAUAGCAACAGACUCACAGAACUACCUGCUGAAAUUGGUGAUUUGAAGGAGCUGAGGAGGCUGGAUGUAAGUCACAACCAGUUGGUUAGUUUACCUAUCAGUAUACAGAAGCUGAACCAGCUUGAGGAGCUGCACUUGUCUGGUAACAAACUUACAGAACUUCCUUCUGAGAUUGUUGACUUAAAGAAGCUGAGGAGCCUGGAUGUGACUUCUAACCAGUUGGUUAGUUUACCUACCAGUAUACAGAAGCUGAACCAGCUUAGGAGGUUGUACUUGAAUAAUAACAAACUUACAGAACUGCCUUCUGAGAUUGGUGACUUAAAGGAGCUAAGAAGGCUGGAUGCGAGGUACAACCAUUUGGGUUCGUUACCUACCAGUAUACAGAAGCUGAACCAGCUUGAGGAGCUGCACUUGUCUGGUAACAUACUUACAGAGCUUCCUUCUGAGAUUGGUGACUUAAAGGAGCUGAGGAGUCUGGAUGUGAGUAACAACCAGUUGGUUAGUUUACCUACCAGUAUACAGAAGCUAAACCAGCUUAAGGUGCUGUUUUUGUCUUGUAACAAACUUACGGAACUGCCUUCUGAGACUGGUGACUUAAAGGAGCUAAGAAGCCUAUAUGUAAGUGACAACCAGUUGGUUAGUUUACCUACCAGUAUACAGAAGCUGAACCAGCUUGAGAUUCUGCACUUGUUUGGUAACAAACUUACAGAACUUCCUUCUAAGAUUGGUGACUUAAAGGAGCUGAGGAGGCUGGAUGUGAGUAACAACCAGUUGGUUAGUUUACCUACCAGUAUACAGAAGCUGAACCAACUUAAGUUGUUGUUUUUGUCUUGUAACAAACUUAUGGAACUGCCUUCUGGGACUGGUGACUUAAAGGAGCUAAGAAGCCUAUAUGUAAGUGACAACCAGUUGGUUAGUUUGCCUACCAGUAUACAGAAGCUGAACCAGCUUGAGAGUCUGUACUUGUUUGGUAACAAACUUACAGAACUUCCUUCUGAGAUUGGUGACUUAGAGGAGCUGAGGAGUCUGGUUGUGAGUUACAACCAGCUAAUUAGUUUACCCACCAGUAUACAGAAGCUGAACCAGCUUAAGGUGCUGUUUUUGUCUGGUAACAAACUUACGGAACUGCCUUCUGAGACUGGUGACUUAAAGGAGCUAAGAAGCCUAUAUGUAAGUGACAACCAGUUGGUUAGUUUACCUACCAGUAUACAGAAGCUGAACCAGCUUGAGAGUCUGUACUUGUUUGGUAACAAACUUACAGAACUUCCUUCUGAGAUUGGUAACUUAAAGGAGCUGAGGCUGUAUGUGAGUGGUAAUCCUUUAUCUAUGGAUGCAAUACAUGUUCUAGAGAUGAACAAAAAGGGAAUGACCAGUUCGGUUAUUACAGGUGGGUGUGAGAAUAAUUUUCAAUGAAAUUGUCAUCAAUAAGACAGUCUUAAGAAAUUUGUGGUACUUUUAUUAUUUAUAGAUGGAACAUAUUUCAAUUUAAAUUUAUCUUUGUUUUUAAUAAGGCUCGAGCAAAAUUGAAAAUAACCAAACGAAACCUUCCUUCAUACUUUGUGUAGUUAGUUGUUAAUAGUUUCAGAUGAAACUACUCACUGUGGCAUUUGCUUGACUGCUAUCAAGAACCUGCGCUGAGCAUCAGUGGGGAAAAGUUUGGGCCGAAUUUUGGAAACAAAUAUAUGUAGUUAAAAUUCUUUUUACUUCAUAUGAACAUGCCAUCCUUUCUCGCAACAAAAACGUUAUCAGUUUUUCUACACGCCCCUCCCCCCCGCCCACUGAUGACCUUUGUUCAUUGUCAUUUACGAGAGGAAGGGAAAAUGUUUUUUAACAAGGCUAAAGGGAACAUUUAUGAGCAAAAGUUGUAACAAUGUAAAUAUUUUACCCGAUAGCUUUUUGCAUGGCAAGCAAAUUUCAGAGGAUUACUUCGAGUCGUUUUGUCCUUUCAGCAACAGAGAGAAAACUAAGUUUUGAAUCGUCUGAAAUUCAGGCUAAUGAAAAUGUAGAUUUGAGAAAAAGUUAGUUCUUUUGUGCAACUGUUUUUCGCCGUUUACCCGUUUACUUAAACGGUUAAAAAACAAUGUAUCUUUCUUUUAAUGUCAUUGGGGCGAUAUUAUGCGAGAGUCCAUUAACAGUUUGUACUUCAACAGUCAGUUAUCGAGUAGAAUGACGAUUUAACAGGCCUCGUGUGGUUAGCGGUUAAUUUAUGCAAAUAACUGUCCCCAGAUAACUUAGCAGGAUGUAAUAUGUUUUCCAGCAAAAGAGACUACUUCGAAUAGACCAUUUAGCAAUUACUCAGGGGCACCCAACGACGGUUUCCUUCCACAUACAUGUACAGUGAAAACACUUUCAAGGCUAUCCAGAGUACUUUUAUAUCUUUAGAAAUGCAUUGCAAUCGGCGCUACAGAAUUUGAAUCUGUUCGGUCUAGCCUGCGUGGCAGGCGCAGAAAGGGGAGGGGGAGGGAGAAAAGCGCGUAAGCGAGGAAAAGGGAAGGGAGCCCCUUACCAACUCUCCUCAAUCCCCCUUCCCUUUUUCCAUUCCUCCCUGUCCCCUACCUUUUUCGAAGCCUGCUACGCAGGUUAGUUCGGUCAUCCUAGGGCAACUAAAGUCUUUUCGAAAUUACAGGGGCUUCAGUAUUAUUUUCCCGACAAUUUUAGGUGCAAUUUAAAGUUGUACGAAAGUAAGAAUUUCUCUUGGGUUUGAAAUGUGAUGGACCAUCUCAUUUUCGAAUCCGGAAAUUUUAGGUUUCCUUUUUCUACGAAAAAUUGCUUACCCUGGGGAGUGAAAUGCGCGAAAUUAAACUUUACAAAAUCGUAGGGAAUUUAUUAGAUAAGCCGCUUCGAAAAUUGUAAAUGAAUGGAGUGGUCAUCUAGAAAGUUUUAGCCUUCCCUUCCUUAAGCUAUAGAAAAUUUUAGGCAAUUUUUGCUUCUCCGAACAGAUAUUUUACAGAAAACAGUCAUUGGGUGACCUUGAUUAUUGAAUGAGGGUGAGUAUGAUGUGAAGAAGUUUGCAGAUCGACGAGGAUUUUAGGUGGAUAACAGCCUCCGAAAUCUGCAUAAUUCUUCACAUCAUAUGAAAGCCGCUUCUAAUUUUGGGCUGACGUAACGUACAAAUGUCAAGGGCAGAUUCAGUUAUUUUGAAUGUAACAACUCCUUCUGUGGCACCCACGGCGGAUUUCAAGUUACGGGGAUACUCGAAUGCGGACAAAAAUCAACCCCCCCCCCCCCCAAAAAAAAAAAAAAAAAAAAAACAUGCCAAAAGAGACCUUGUACCCGGAUACCGGCACCGUACCCGAAUUCUAGCGUGGGAAUGCUUGAAAAGAGUUCACAUUAGUGCCCAGCGAGUACUGUACUUUGGCACCAAGUGUGAACGCUGCAUUACUUUUCCCCGUACAACAAAGGAAAUAGGACACGUGUGCCGGCACGCAGGCUAUUUGUUCCAUUGAUGUCGAAUUUCGAUUUUAAUGAAACAGAACAAUUGUUGUGUCGGCAUAAAAGCUGAAGGUUUCUGGUAUGCUCUAUACGUACUAGACAUACAGACAUGUUCAGGUUUAUCCUAAUUUAUCUUAUCAUUGCAUCUUAAGUUCCGCAAGGAGUAAUGAGUAUGUCUUCCUUCGAACAAAUUGCUGCAACUGGAAUAAUUUCAAAAGCUAGCAAAGAUAAAGAAGUGGUUGAGACAGUGUUACCUGUGAAAGCCGCUAAAGAAGAGGUUGUAGUAGAGCCUGAAGAUGAAACUGAAGUUGAAGACAAUACUUAUGUCGGAGAAAGCAGAAGUGUCAUUACAGAGUAAAUACUGUUUGAAUUAAAAUUCAGUGGAACCUCUUGACGACGGCAACGGCAGCCAAAAGUUACGUACAAAGUACAUUUGUGCAAAGGUACCUCUGAGGCGUUGCUUGUCGACCUCUGCUGAGUCAUUUUUCAUCAUCAUCAAGUGCCAUCUGCUAGUAGUAGGUCGGCUAUCAUGGAUUUCUAGCUGUUCCGAGUCGUUUUUAACGCGUCGAUAAAAGGAGCCCUGUGGAUAACAAGCUUGAACAUUUUACCCAAAAAGAGAGAAAUUGACUUAGAUAUGCUACACUUUAAAAAAAAAAAAAGUGGCAGUGAAACAUUCUUGUUCUGCUGCGCGAGAUCAGAUACCGUGACGUCUCGUUUUCGAUAGUUUUCCUUUUUCAUCCUUCCACACCAGUGAUCGGGGAAAUCGACCUUUCCUCUCCGGAAAGCGUUAUUAUAAAAGUUACGUUUUAGUGAGUGUUUAAUUCUGAUAUGAGUUAUAUCUGUAGACGGAAGACUAAUUCCACGAAAAAAGAUGCUUUUUUCAAAGAGCCGAAAAAGGCGUCUGCUCUCGCAGGCUUGGAUAAGUGUGGACUGGGCCUAAUGUUUUUAAUGUCUUUAAUAAUAUACACGAAAAAAUUACUCAAUUCUGAUUGGCUGAGAAAGGAGUGCAGUUCUUCUGUAACACGAGUGCAAAUUACAAGUGGUUUCUGAUUGUCUGAAAAGACGAAAGAAACCAACAAGAACCAAUCAGAUUAGAGCUGUUUUAACAACAAAAUUCAAGAAAAUGGCGAUGGUUUUCAGCAGACAACGACGGGAUUUAAUUUUGUACGCAAAACAACAAUAGAAAAGUUAAACAAAAUAUUCCAAAAACCCGAACACAGUAAAAAGUAGCUCUUUCUGGCUAAAUGUAUUGAAAAUACGUUGCUAAAAGAAAACGAUACCGUCAACAAAAUCGAGGAAAAUGAACGGUUGCAACCACACGAAAACCAUGACAGCUACACUUUUCAGGCAUUUAAAUGAACAAGGAUACAAGUUUUCCAUGAUAACAACAGGGAUUUCAAGUCACGCACGUUAUUUGUUGGAGGCGAAAGGUGUCCCAUUUGCUCUCUUUGAGUCUUUUAGCGAAGACCUCUAUUAAAAAAUCCAUGCGAUGGUCUGUUUUUUCCUACCUCAGGAGCAAACGAAACCGAAAAUUUAAACAUCCGGUCCAAACUAAACCAUUGGGCGAAAAUACCAUAACUAAAAUAAUGAAAGUAUCCGUAGCUGGUACUAGCCUUAAACAAAGUGAGAAAAAAAAUUUACGAAUCAUAGUUGUGCAAGAGAAACAACAGUCAGGAAGGUGAAGAAAGCAAAGAUUGUAAGUUCAGAACAUAUCACCAAUGUCACAGGCCACAGAGGGAUUUCGCCCAGAAGGCGAAAUCCUGAGGAGGCACUCUAGUAACUUGCGUGUAUAUUAAGGAAAGUACUUACAGUUGAAAUAUACAGUCAUACUGUCAAUAUAGAAAAAAUCUCGAUUUGCUUGAACAGGGGCCGCGAGAAAUCGGUAGGUAAUGGUGACAUUUCUAUUGUUUGCGCCCGUAAGUACGAAAUGGUUAGGAUGACGUAAAGACGGAACUUCCCCAAGGGACCUCUUAGGUAGAUUUUGUGACAUUUAUUGUGCAGUCAUACUUCGACUGAGAAAACGCAAUGCACAAUAGUCACUGUAAGACACCUCGUCAACAAAGUCACUUAGUUAUGGACCAAAAUUUUAACGACACUCGUUAAGCGCAGAAGAAGUUAUAAGGUGCGUAUAACUGUGUAUAUAUGAACACUUGGAGAGUUUGCCAGAGUUCACAAAUCUUUCAUUGGAAACCUUGCCCGACAGUCUUUCUCUCUCUUUGACCGGAAUAAGACUCAGCCCCAAACAAGCAAGACAAGUGAACAACGGCUAGCUUCUCACCAGCAGAACGAUGGACGAUUACAGAAAUUCGCCGACAAUCAAAUUCUGUGCUGACUUAUUCCCUGCGCACAGUACUGCUAUAAAGUUUAAAAUAAGACUAGAAUGCGCGAGUGAAUUGAUCAAACGUCCCUUUUAAUUUCUAAAGCCUCCAUUUCGGCGAAUAAAAUGAACUGAAUGUAAAAAGUGAAAGAGAAAUAGCGAAAAAUUUAACUUCUAAUUAAGUCUUUUCUUAUGGUUUAGAAUAAACUAUUCUCGAAACUGAGAAGGUUUUGAUCAAAGCUGUGUAAAUCGACCUGAAACUGCGCAUGGAACCUUGCGUUUCCUGUAUUUAUCUCACCUAUUGUAUGGAAUAUGUAUGAGAAUCUUCAUUAUGAAUCGGUUUAUUUCAAAGAGCUACACAACGAGCAAGAAUGCUAUUGACCGACAAUAUACAGAGCGGGGGCAGCUGUGGUGUCAACUAUUACUAGUAUACUAAUACUGGCAGUUUCCGACAUCGCAACAACUGUGGCUCCGCUCAACCCAUCGAUGGCAGCGUCGGAAGAAAACAAAUUGCUUCCUUCAUUUUCGGGUUUGAAAUCUCAAAAAAUUUCUCCAUGAAUCCAGCUAUGAUGGGGUCUCAGAAACAGAAAAUGAUGAACAGUCGUUAAAAAACCUUAGCAAGUGUCUUUCAUCUUUGGCUGCUCGAAGCGUUCUCCUGAUUUCAAAACGGCAGUAUACUUCUUGUAAACGCUUCUUGUAAACGCUGAGCUCUCAUAAUCGAGGAUGAAUUUGAAAACACUUACUUUUGCUGAUUAUUGUAAACCGAUCUUUAACAGGCUGGUUCUUAGUUCUUAGCUUGGAUGAUUUUGAAAGCGUUGGUCUUGAAAAAGUUUGAAUUUGACGAAGGUAGUGGUCUGUUUCAACCAAUCAGUUGAAUAAACUAAAAACGCGCGCGAUGUCAAAAUUAAUUUUGUUGUUGUUGUUAUAGUUAUGUUUUCGUGUAUAUUAUUAAUAAGAAAUCACAUGAUUUUUCACGUGCAAUUUGGAAUAAAUAAGCACUUGUAAAUUUUUCAAGACCCCAAAGUGUUGGUCUUUGAAAAAUUUACUCGUGCUUAUUUAUUCCAAAUUGCACGAGAAAUCAUGUGAUUACCUAUACUCAGGCUAAUACUAAUACUAACACUAACACUUAUACUAAUACUAAUAUUAGAGGUUGUUUCCUGUAGACUUCUCGAGACAUUUUCCCUUGCACGAUAUUUGCGUAUUCCGCUCAACACCCUUUCCAUAUUCUGUCUAAAUAUUUUUCUAUUUAUUUAUUUAAUUUAGUUGCCUUCCUUAAGAGCUGUAUAGUUCUUUCAGGCAUUUUGUUCGCAGAUCUGUAGAUUAUUGAUUCGGGAAAAUUCGAUAUUGAAUCGAAUGGGAUGGCAAGAGUACGUCUCUGAACACUGCUUUAUCCUCCUUUCUUUUAUAUUUGGCUAAACCUUUUCUCGCAAUGACGUCACUGUGACAUCCCAUCCAAACGAAUCCAGAUAAAAUCGUAGGGAGUAUGGAAAUUUUUUAUCUCCUUGAUUGAAAAUGUAUUGAAAUUAUUUUAUCGUUUUAGUUCCAAGCGAGAUCAUAGCACGAGGACCAAAAGCGCAGAAUGCGUAUGAAAAUGCUUUGAAGACAGGAAAAGUGAAUGUGUACCGAGCCCGAAUUAUGCUGAUAGGUCAAGAUCGCUCGGGAAAGACAAGUUUGAAGAAAUCCUUCUUAGGUCUGCCAUUUGACCCUGACGAAGAUAGUACUGACGGAAUUGAAGUUGACCCAUCCAAAUUCGAAGUCCAUAUCGAUCAAGUAAAGAACUGGAAACGCACGGAUGAAAAGCUAGGUGUGUCUCAGUUCGCUUCCAAACUUGCAAAGAUGGCGGCUAGAAGUAUCCAAAAAGAUGAGGACGAAAAAGAAGAAGGUGAGGAAAACAAUUACGAGGAGAACAAUAUAGACGAAGAUGACGAGGACAAGGACAAAGAAGAAGAAGAAGCAAAGGUGGAUCGAGUUCUACACACAAACAAACAGACAGAAAUGGGUCAGGUAGGUGAUCGAAAAGAAACCCAAAUUGAAACAAACAAACAAUAAAAGCAUGCAAAUAGAAUAUCUCGUACCGUAACAUACCACUAGCCUCCUCCACAGGCAACUCCUAUUAUAACGGUUCCCUCACCGUUCACUCCCCACUCUCACGCUUGGUCUCUGAAACAGGACUGUGAAGCCUUCGGAGGAGGCUAACAUACCACAUAAUCAAAAUUCGCUGGCAAGUGCAAAUUAGCUACUGUGGACUAGCACGGGAAUCAUCAAAGCCCUUCUGGAUUAUUAUUGCAUCUUUUAUAUGUGUAAAUAAAAAAGUAAAUAUACAGUUAUAAAAGUACUUUUGUUUUGAUUUAUCAUAUUUACUAACCUUGUAGUUUGGUUUUGACGCUCCUGGAGAACCUCAGGUGUUAAAGCAAGCAGUGGUAAACACACAAAUGAAUCAGGUCAGUUUGGUUGUAGCCUUACUAAUAAUGUAAAGAUUCAGAUAAGUUGGGUUUCAGUUUUACAUUUCACUAACCUUUCCAGAAUCUAUAGGAAAAUAACUUCACUGAGAUAAGUCUUUAGAAAGGGCAGGAGGAAAGAAGGAAAUUUUUGUGCUUUUGCAGAUCCAGUUUUUGUUUUUAUGCGAUUUUCUAGACAGGAGAACUUGUUUCUCCUGUUCUGGGGAAGGUUUAACUAAGUUAUAAGGCUUCCUUUUAUCAAGACGUUCGUCUAACACGUCAGUACAUAAGGGCGAAACAGGCGCCCUAGCUUCAGGGUAUUAACGCUCUGCUAGAAAAAAACACUCGCCUACCUGGGACAACUUUCUGUUUGCUUUUAAACCGUUCACACAUGAAGCGCCCGUAGCCGCCUGGUUGGACCUCAUACCACUUGUGACGUCAUCCGUUUUAACGGUCAUAGACAACUGUGGUACCUAACUUGUGCAGGAGAAAGAAAUCUUUCAAAUCAUACCCGAACAAGCACGUUUCAGUCAAAUGGGCAAGAGAAACACAACAACAAUAGCAACACGCAAUACAGUUGACCGUUGAAUUCCAAUGAAAAUCGCCCUUUACUUUCACGAUCCUGGGGGAUCUUACGGAAACUUUCUCUACCGAAAUGAAGCCUUGUCAAUUCCCAGCAAAGGGAAAAAGACGGGGGAGGGAAAGGGAAAAUGCGGGAAGGAGAGGAAGCGAAAGAUGAGGAGGCGGUGUCGCUUUUUGCCUUCUGUGCGUGUAAGAACGUUGGAAGUUGUGAUUGUGCUUGACGAACCAAAGCCAGCGUGGUGCUCGACUGGUUAACAACGUUCCGGGUAGUUUUGGUUCUUUUUGUUCGGUGGUGACCUGAAAAAGGCUCGACUAGCUUUUAACGGCGUUUUGUUUUAGGUGUAAGGUCACAGCUGAUUUUGAAGGUCCAAAGACGAGACUGGAACAGGUGUAACAAUAGAGCAUUUCUCUUUCAAGCUCUCACAGCGUACUGUAAGGCUUUCAGUUUUUGAGGAUUUAAACUGAGAUGAUGACUUCACGCAGUACGUCGGGUUGUAAAUCUGAUCUCAAGGCGUCUCAGUUGAAGUCUCAAGUCACUAGAAUAGCUUAUUUCAUGAUUCACACCUUUUCGUUUGUUAUUCAACAACUUUUAUUUAACGUACAACCCUCUUGAUGACCUAGCAGGGAAGAGUGGGGCUGAUGAAUUGAAUUCAUAACUAUUAAUUAGGGAUUUCUCUGUAUAAAUCCCUCGUUUGAGGGAUUUAUACAGAUAAAUCCCUCGACUGAGGGAUUUUAUACAAACAAACCCAAAAGCGAAAACGAUAAUGGAAAUAAAUUCUCAUAAUAGUUCUCGUUGCAAAUAAUUGCAAUGCAACUUUGCUGUUUCUGACGACAUAAAAUUCCUCCUUUAGACCAACAAUUUAAGAGCGACGGUCAGGAAAUAUCGACCAUCGAGUGGCAAGAGUUGAAAAAUCGAUUUCCUUCGUUUCUUGCCCAUACACAGCUUUUAGGUAGAUAAGUAAUCUGAUGUAAGUUGUUCUCGCAAAAAGUCUUUUAUUUUCGAGAAAAGUAAGAAUAUCAGUUGUCGUUGUCGGAGUCUCAAAAUGGCCGUAUUUUCAACCCGAAAUUUGCCAACAUCAACAGGCCUACUCUGGGACCUUAACUCGCCUUAACUCGCCCUAACUCGCGACUUGAGAUUAUGUUCAAAUUCCCUUAUCUCGCCUUAACUCGCAUUAUCUCGCACAAACUCGCCCAAUCUCGCCACUGCCAAGUGGAUACCAAUUUUAAUAUCUCAUCCUACUCUCAGUGCAAUUUCACAAUUACUCCAUAAAGGGAAGACGCCAAAGAAUACAAAUUUCAAAAGUUUAAAAGAUAGUGAUUUUUAAGGAAAACAGGGUUUUUACCUUUAAAAAAAUAUGUAAUUGACCAAUCCCAUCCUUCUGGAAUUUCCAAUAGCCUCUGUGGUAAGGGUAUUUCACCACUAAAGAUUCGAUGAGGUUUUUUCUUACUUAACAUUGUCAUGCCUUGGAGUCACAACUGGACUGUCCAUGGAACUACCAGGAACAGCCUGAACAUGCACUAACUCGUUGCCUAAUGAAAAGGCUUCAAUGCUAAGCAUGGCAGAAAUUCCAGAGGCAUGGGGUCACGGGGUCUAACAAAUCCCACAUUCACUGUUUGUGUUUUGGUCCACAAAGUAAGUGACAUUAAAUAAAAGCACUAACAGUGAAUCCACGAAAAAGUUUUCAUAAAAUAGUUUAAGUUUUAGUCUUACACUUCUACGCAAGACAAAGAAACACUCUAAAUUCAAGAUUGCUUUGAAUCUCUCAAUUGAAGAAAAAAAUAUUCUCCUAUGAUUUGUUUCUAAUUUUUGGCUUAAAAUAAGAAAUCUCGAAUUUAGAGUGAAAUACGAAAACAUAACACCAGAAUAUCAAAUUUUUAGUUUUAAGCUGGCUAAUGAUUUACAAAAAAAGUUUACUUGUAAUGGAAAGUUUAAUUACUUUGCAAAUAUAAUGCAUCCAAGCUGUUUAUGACAUAUGAAGAGUAGUAGCUUACGUAUCAUCUUAUAAUCUGAUGAAGCUUAAUGAGGAUUCCAGCUGACAAUCAUCAAUGAAAGGCUAGGAUGUAGCCAUAAUCGAGAAUCCUUUAAAUAGUCCACAUACUGAUUGCAGUCCAUAUUUCUUAUAAAUAAUUCUUAUAAAUAUUUACCUCGUAAUAGAAGAUCUGUACAUUGGUUCAACGUGACAUCCUGUAUGGCCUACAUUGUAUUCAGACUGGCAACCAUAACCCAGGCAUGAUUCAGAAGACUUGUUACAUUUAGCCCUUAACUGAAUAAAGGAUUGCUAAAGGUACAAUAUUUUGCAUCGAUAGCCAACUUCGUUCGCCAUCUUUGAAAUUACCCAGAAGAUACUGGUAACUCGUGUCUUCCCAGGGCCCUCUCGCUCAGCCUAUUGUCCUCGAUAUGCUUUCUGGGUAAUUUUCAAGAUGGACGGGAAAACUUCUGAAGAAAAGGAGGAGAACUCGUGCAAAACUUUUGAUGUUAAAUCGAGAAGUUUCAAAAUGUAUCACAUGCAGGUAAGCUAAGCUAAAGCCUUUUACCCUUGCAACGUUAACUCUAUAAAAGCCUUGUUGAUCCCAGUCCACUGGCAAGUUUUAGGUUGGAAGCUUCAAUGUGGCGUACGUGACAUAAAAACACGCACAAAACGCCUGAGCCGGUGAUCAUUUUGUAAAAAUGCGAAGCAGGAAAGUCAGGAAAGAUUCAUCAGUGACAACUCUUAAGAGUUUGGAAGACAAAGCCGAUAGUAGAGAGUGUUUUCUUGUUAAUCAAGUUAAAUAAGGUAUAGUCCUCUGCACAACUAUUAACACUUUCUGACAUUUUGUAAAAAAUAAGUAAGCCAAAACAGAAAAUAUGGUCAUUUAUUUUUUGCUGUUUUGCUAGGCUAAGAAUGAUCAAGAGUUUACUAUCAAGUUAACUUGAUCCUCCUUUCUUUUGUAGAAAUCAAGGUGUCUCUCACAGGAUUGUCCAAGUUUAAGGAGGGAGUUUCUAAAAUAUGGGAACUGCUGUCUUUGCGAAAAGGCAUCAGCCUUCAUUUGCAAGAAAUUAGAAUAGAUUAUCCGAGGAAACGAAAAGGCAAUCAUUUCUGGCAGUGAAAACAAACAAUUGAGCUGGACUCCAAGGGAAACCAUCAGUGAAGUGGAGAGAAUGGAUCAAAUGGAAGACUUAAAGAUAAGUCGUAAUUUUCAAGGAGAAAGAAAUUUCAUUUCAUUUCAAUAAAAUUGAUUGUGGCAUAAAAAUUUCCUCAGCUGAGUUGUAAUUCGUCAGCUUCCCCGGUUUUUUAUACUAGUUCUUUGAAGAACAUUGACACAGACUGCAAAAUUUUUUUUUUUUCAAUUCUGGAGUUAGUGAUAACAAUUGAUGACAUGUCAUGUGAUACCUAUUAUGCUCACCUGCCUAUUAAAACAUAGUGUUAUUGAUUUAAAAAAACAAAUAAAAUAAAAUAAAAUAUCAUACCUGUGCUUAUACUACAGCUACAUUUUUUUUUAUCAAUUCAUGAUUGUUUUGUUUUCAUUUUUUUUUCCUCACUACGGGUAAUUUAUUACUCUGCCAAAUAAUUAUAUAGCUUUAAUAAAUAAUAUAUGAUGAUGACACUGAUUAUUAUUAUGAUACAGCCACCAAAUGGUCUAGUUUGGAGUUUAAAUGCUAUAAAAUUAAUUAAGAACAGGACUCCAUAUCACCAGCAUAUCCAUACUUAAGCUUGUCCAAUUAGGAAAAUAUUUCAGUUAAUAAAUUUAAACAAGAUUUGGCUUCAUUCAACUUUGGAGCUCAUCUGAAAUUUUUGGUUUAAUUUUUUCGUACUUGGACAACAUGGAGCCUACCAUAUAUAUAAGACAUACAAAGAUUCCAAGGCAUCUUUAUAUUUAUGUCACUAAAGCAUAUUAUAAGAUGGAUCAUUUUCCCUUAACUCGCCUUAACUCGCACAAACUCGCAACUGAUAGGCGAGCUCAAUUUUUCCUUAUCUCGCCUUAACUCGCCUAAACUCGCAUUAGCUCGCACAAUCUCGCGGCGAGUUAAGGUCCCAGAGUAGGCCUAUCAACUCUCCUCGCAUUCGCAAAUAAAGCCGCAAGGGGAAAUUUGGACACUUUCCAUCAAUAGAACAACUCUUCUUCUUUCACUAGAAGAUACUUUCAAAGCAAUAUCAAGACUCGUUGAACUAACAUAAUUCAAAAACGAAGAACAGGUUUUAACGGUGACAAAAACUUUAAUUUAGUAGUUGUUUUCUGCGGCAUUAUUCUUCAUGUCGUAUAACUCCAAAUUUUCCCAGUCCUCGUUUAUUCACACAUUUAGACAUUCAACUAAAGCAUACCUGAGAAUUGGCUUGGGUUCUUUAAGUCAGCCUCCAAACGAAAGCAUCGAAGUCCGGUAAAUAUAGUAAAUCGUGACCAAAAUAACUUAUUUAACGGCUCCAAGUUUCCUCCAUUGUAAUGUAACAAGACGAAAUAUCUUCCUGUUCCGUCAUCCUUAGCGAAUUACCAUUGUUAAGGUCCCUAUUUUUCGAUAAAAAGUGAGUACCAGAAUGCUAGCGCGUUUGAUUUUUUCUUUUUCAAAAUACCGGUCGUACUGUCGGCAUCGAAAAUGUUACUCCUUCAAGAAUUGCGUUGUAUUACUACGCACGCCGUGAUCCGUGACUGUCAUUUUGACCGCUCCGUCUCUUCGAACGUACGUUAUGUCACGUGCAGUCACGGAACAGUUUGUCACGCAGAGUCGCCGGCUGGUAGAGUUCACUGUUUCAAAAUGGCUAAAAUUUAUGGUCGACCAUUUGUUUCAAAACAAGAAGACGCCCGAAGGCGUUUACGCGGGAUGUGUUGGUGUAAGAAAGAAUUGCCGUUAUGUUGAACGGCAAUGGAAAAUUGAGUAGUGUAUGCAACAAAUGUGUGCAGGAGAGACGGAGAUGUUCUGUUAAGGACUAAUACACUAGAAGAUGAGUUACACACAAGGGUUCCUUUGCUACUCAAAACAAAACUUACAUCAAUAUUACCACCAUAUAUGUUAAGAGUAUGGGAUAGUUCACUAAAAUUUGCAUUCCUUUACUAAUGUCCUCAAAAAAGGCACUUCCACAUUCAACAAUAACAUGUAAUGUAUCAUACUUCCAAUAACUACAGGGCUGCAAGGCUGUGCUCUAGGGAAGAUUUCAGAGAGCCCUUCGGACUCCCCAAGCAUUUUUAGCUGGGGUGCCCGGGCCUCCAAGUUGGUCGCCCAACUUAGUCACUUUCUAUUUAUUUAUCUACCUUAUCAAUCCUUUAAAUAGGUCAUCAAAAAAUGAAUUGACCCAUUUUUUGAUAAAUUGUCAGAAUGAAGAGCACUUUACUUUUCACCUACAGCACAAAUAUCCUGGUACGUUUGCUAACCAUAAAUAUGAACAACUCUCUUACCCAAAGAGUAUAUGUAUUGUGCCAUUUCUUAUUAAAGCUCUUUUCGGUUUAUGUUUGACAAUGAUGCUUAGCUCGUGUUGUGUUACGAAAAAUAUGGAGAUGUCUUUGUUAUUUUUAUUGUUUGUUGGAGCUAUUUCCCUCCUUUGAAUUUUAUCUCCGAUAGACGUCACUUUGCUCUUUAACGGUCUCGGUAUUUUCGACUACAUAAGCCGUGCUUGUUGAAGUAAAAGCGUGCACAGUCACUGUACGGUUGAUGUACUGCAUCGAUGAAUUAUUGAACUGACAAUAUGAACACCCCGAUCACAAACAAGCAACUAAGAGAAAUCUCACACCUAGAAUAUUUAUUUAUUUCAAGACAAGUCGUGGAAAUCGCCUGUUAAUUCAUGGAGAGCUUUGUCAACGCACGUUAAAACAGGACGUACUGAAGCAAAGACCUUCCUCGCUAGCUUCUUAGGACGUUUGUGUGGACUGCGUUGCUAUCGUAAGUCUAGUUAACUCAUAAUCGGCGGGCAAAACACUCUCUUUGACUUAACAAGAGAUAUAUUUGGAAUAGUAAAACGAAAAUCGUAAAUAGACCGACACAGCAAAGGUACAGAAAGUUUUAUCGGCAGAACAAAUCGCUUUCCGCUGCUGUUCAACUGUCACGUCCUUGUUGAACUGAUAGCAUCACGUGCGUUCGGAAGCUUGAUAAUAUAGUAUGAAGCGAUGCAUCAUGGGAUAUAUGAAAUUCCCCCCUUUCUCUUACCCCAAAAAUCCGAAAAUGUGCGGCCCCAUUCUAGUAACUCUUUUGAAAAUGCAACCCCAUUAUAGUCAAUCCAGUCGUGAAAAUGCGACCCUAUCCACCGGCAUUUCUCCCCAUUAGCCUCUUAUAAGGAAGUGCCCCUCCCCCCCCGGGCCGCCCCAAAACUAUUCUCUCUUUUGGAUAGAUCAUCUUGUUGUAAAGUCGUCGUUUACGCGCAUAAACGGAAGUAUUUUCUUUCUAUAUUAUCGGUGAAAUGUUCAGGACAAAUGUGGAUUCGGUUAGCUUUCCGGUAUUUAUUUUUAGUACGUAAUACGUAAUGCCUUGUCACGACACGAAAGACAAUGCGGGAUUUUAUAGAUUUAUACCCCCUUUAUACCCGAUUCUAGAACAAUCACAAGAAUAGUCGUCUCUUUUCUUUUUUAUACAUCGUAUUUUACUGGAAUAACAAUCUUAGUUAUGUUUUAGCCUCGCAGACACAGCAGUAAAAAUAUUUAACUAACAGAAAAGACCGACUCCCGUGCUUCUUCAGCGAUUUUUCAAAAAAAAAAAAAAACUAUUGUUUUGCGUCGCCUACCGUGCUUUACGCCUGUCCGAGCAAAAGUAACAAUUUGUUUAGAAAACUAACUGAUGAAUCAUCCUAAUUUUGAAGGAAAAAUUUCAAUGUUACUAUCACUGUGCAGCUUGUCACGUUCAUAGUCAAGGAUUAUGUUACAUGUGAAUUCACGUGAAACGACCUUUGAACAUCAAUACAACGCGUGCCUGCUGCCCGAUUUAACAACAUUUUCUUAAAGCUUUUUGAUAGACAUGCUACUUGUUGCUACUUACAAGUCGACUUCAAGAGUUUCGUAGCGAGCUGAGCGUUCUUUUUAAGCCGUGAAGCCACCGAGCGAGCUACGAUUUCGCAAGAAAUAAAUUCUAGACAUUCUUAGCUGUUUGACUGUAAAUCAACAUAAAAGAAACCAACACCAGCAAGUCGCCCGGCUGGGCCACCUAGACAAUAUUUUCAGUCGCCCGAGGCCAAGUCUUGCCGUGCGCCGUUAGAUCUAGUGCACAGCCUUCACUCGUCGUCCUCCUAGAGCUACGCUGUAAUCUUACUUUUCCCUUCUUUGUUUUCUGCUUGUGCAAUCCAACCUGACUUGCACGUGAUUCGAAGUUGCAGCCAAUAAAAAUCACACAAUUUUUCCGGGACGGGCUCGGGAUACGGGAAAGUUAAAAAAACAAGGCAAUUUUUGACUCCCAAGACGACGAAAGGAAUGCGCUACCGAAUUUUUAACGCUGGCUGACGACGUCAUCCCGCGUAAUUAUGACACGAUAUACGUGCGGUUUUUUCCCACGUAUACUUGCAAUCAUUCCUGCUACACGAUAUACGUGCGUUUUUUUGUCACGUAUACUUGCGUUUUAUUCCAAAGUAUAUGACCAUUUUCUUACAAACGCGCAUAAAACAAGCAUGUGGUAUGUGGGGUCACAGAAGGUCGUCGUAUAAGAUGCACCGAAUUAUACCGUCAGCAAAAAAACCCCUUCAUGUACGAUGGGGCUGAAAAGUAACUUCAGUUUGAAUCAAGCAUGGCCGCAAUGCCCGCGUUAAUUUCGAGCAAGAUUUGGUUCUUAUUCAUUGCCCUUACAGUAGUGGUGGUUGUUGGCUCCCCGACAACGGAUUUGUUGGAAUCCGUGGAUUGUCUCUUGACAGACUGUGUACGCUAUUUCACAAAUGCUGACCGAAACAACGAUCGAUUCAGUUAGAAAUUAGCGUCCGACAGGCAAAACACGACUCAUAAGCUCUUGAUAAUGUGAAACAUGACCUUGAGAGUCUGCUUGAACAGAUUGGUUUUUCUUCUUUUCUCUCUCGCGCGCGAAUUAUCACCUUUCGCCUCCAAGAACACGUUCUAAGCCUUCUAGUCUCGACACAGGUAACCCAGGCUCUGUGAUAAUACCACUGUACGGUUCCAGUUAAAUUACAGUGUUUGUAUGGGGUAAAAAUAUCAUCCUAAAAUUUCUAGGAAAUACUAAAUAAAGAUCAAUAAAACUUACUCUGCAGUUAAUUGUUGUUGUCCUUAUUGCUCCAACGAAGUUUCGUGAUAAUUUGCAGCAAUUUGUUUAAAUUCACUCUAUCUACAAUAAUAUUAUACAAGGUAGGAAACACGAGGUGCCAUUUUCGCCGACAUGCUCUCAUUCAACACAACUUUUUCAAAGAAAUUCGAACUCCAACGUAAAAUAAACAUGCUAGGAUCGUAGAAAUAGGAUAGCAGCAGAUAUAGAAACCAAUGAAACUUUCCCAGAUAGAGAAAUGAAUCCCACAGACUUUGACAAACUCGAAGAAUAUAAUCCAAACAGACCGAGAAUACGCUCGCCGAAACAGCCGGGCCAGAUCAACGCGCGGCCAAGAAAAUGAGGCCUGGGCACUGUACAAAAAAAAAUCAUCCCGGGAGUCCUGAGGUGACCUUUCUGGGCACCGAUACAUCAUUUGCCCAAAGCCACCCUACCCUGCUGAAAAAAUACUUAGUAGAAGGCAAUUGUUCUUCCUAGCCGUACCACCCUGGCCUGUUAUAAAGAGAUUAUGUACCUCUAGAACUAUAUUCAGCGCCUGGCGCUGGUCCUCAGAAAGUUUAUCAAACAUCGAUAGGGCAAGGUUAUAAGGGCAAAGGAAAGAACAACGGAGGAGGAUUUGCAAAACUUAAAACGAGCAAAAGAUAUAAGUGAAUUUUGGCUCUUACCGAGGCAUUUGUACAACAGGACCAAAUUCAAAGAGAGGUGUAUCACGAUGAUUCACAUAUUUAACCGAUAGAGCGUUCACUUGUAUUGACAAGAAGUCGGCGUGUCACUGCCGCAUUAAUCGCUAAAUAUGUUAAUCGCGCUAGUUCUUUGUUUACUGGUGCACGUGCCUUUCACAUUCGUCUCAGUUACACUCUUUUUUUUAUAUAAGAAUAUAUUUUAUAAGAAUAUCGAGGCUGAAAUUUGCGAAAUAUUAAAAUAUUUUAAGAAUAAAGCUAAGGCUGAGAUUUUGAAAAGGAUAGAUAUAAUUUUGUGUGUUGAAACGUCUGUAAAUACAAUACAAUUUUAUGUUUUUCACUUAACCGUAUAAAAUUAUUCCUUUCUCUGAACGGCGAAACUAGCCAACAAAACGAAAAAACCUGCACUAGCUACAGCAAAAUGUUCGACUCUAAUGACAGUUCGAUGAACGGUACAUGUAAUAUAUAUUCAUAUACCCCAAUAAAGUCUGAAACGGAAAUGUCAUAAGGUAUAAUUUAAGAAUAAUACAAGAAUAUUUUCAGCCUAAAAUCGGCGGAAAAAUAAGAAUAUUCAGCCUGGGCCGGAAAAACAACAUUCUUAUAUAAAAAAAAAAGAGUGUAUCGCAAUUCAUAUUCUGUCGCAAUUUUCUGUAUAAUUUUUGACAUUAGUUUGUAAGCUUCACCGUCUAUUUACGAUAGUUUCGCUGGAGAGUUCACAGCAACAGUAUCUCAGUCCUCAUCUACCUUUUGUUCAACCUUGUUUUUAGCCCGCCUUGCAGGUAUUUCGCGUUGUUAUUUCAUUAGUUUCAUUACUGUUAUUUGCAUUCCUUAGUAAAAGAAAUGGGGCGCCUUGUAACACCGCAGACUCUCCUGAUUAUAUUAAUUUUUUUUUAGCAAUUUAAAUUUAGGCGCGUGUGCGGGGUUUGCUCUGGCAAAUAGUGUUGGCUAGGAAGAACAAUCGCCUUCUACUAAGUAGUUUUUCAGCAGAGUAGGGUGGCUUUGGGCAAAUGAUGUAUCGGUGCCCAGAAAGGUCACCUCAGGACUCCCGGGAUGAUUUUUUUUUGUACAGUGCCCAGGCCUCAUUUUCUUGGCAGCGCGUUGAUCUGGCCCGGCUGCUUCGGCGAGCGUAUUCUCGGUCUGUUUGGAUUAUAUUCUUAGAGUUUGUCAAAGUCUGUGGGAUUCGUUUCUCUAUCUGGGAAAGUUUCAUUGGUUUCUAUAUCUGCUGCUAUCCUAUUUCUACGAUCCUAGCAUGUUUAUUUUCCGUUGGAGUUCGAAUUUCUUCGAAAAAGUUGUGUUGAAUGAGAGCAUAUCGGCGAAAAUGGCACCUCGUGUUUCCUACCUUGUAUAUUAUUAUUGUAGAUAGAGUGAAUUAAAACAAAUUACUGCAAAUUAUCACGAAACUUCGUUGGAGGAAUAAGGACAACAACAAUUAACUGCAGAGUAAGUUUUAUUGAUCUUUAUUUAGUAUUUCCUAGAAAUUUUAGGAUGAUAUUUUUACCCCAUACAAACAAUGUAACUUUACUGGAACCGUACAGUGGUACUAUCACAGAGCCUGGGUUACCUGUGGUCUCGAAGCUUUUUAUUAUUUCCCUGGUAUUGUCACUGUGAAAUUAUCGGAAGGUGGACGGAGAGAAAGGAAUCACGAGGAGGUGAAAUUAACACUAAAAGUACCAAUAGAUUGAGCAAGAGCAAGUUGAACGUAUUUUACAGGGAGUCCAUAGAAUUUGCUAUUAGUUAUUUGGAAGGAUAGCUUAUGUACACAAUUACCGCCGGCCUACCAUGAAAAUUCCUGAACUUCGAUGGUGCCUUACAGAGAUUUCCUUCAAUAACCCAAGCCAAUUCCCAGGUAUGUUUUAAAUGAAUGUCUAAAUGUGUGAUUUUAAUAACAAGAAGAAAAUUUGGAGUUAUACCACAUGUUAAAUAUUGCUGUCGAAAAUGAGUAACGAACUUAAGUUUUUGUUAUCCUGAAAACCUAUCCCUCAUUUUUCAAUUAUUUCAGUACGACGAGCUUCGCUAUUGCCCUGAAAGUAUCUUCUAGUGGAAGAAAAAGAAUUUUUCUGCUCAUGGAAAGUGUCCAAAUUUCUCCAUGCGGCUUCGUUUGCGAACGCGAGGAAAGUUAAUGUUAGCGAAUUUCAGGUUAAAAACUACGGCAGUCUGAGACUCCGACAUCGAAAACGGAUCCUCUAAUUUUUCUCACAUAUAAAAGACUUUUGGCAGGAACAAUCUAGUUUAGGUUUCUUAUCUACCUAAAAGCUAACUAUGAACAAAAAAUGAAAGAAAUUGAUUUUUCAACUCUUGCCACGAAAUUAAGAUUUUGCUCGAUUUUUCCUGACCGUCGCUCUUAAACUUCGACGACGAAUUUGCUGAGCCAAUAAUUACGUUCGUCUCUGUCAGUGAUAUUAAAAAUCUCAGGAUUGGGGAACUGUCUCACUGUCUCCAAUGACUUGGAUCAAAUCAUUGCGUUCCUCCGCCCAUUCAGACCAGACACGGACUGCCCGCGAUGUGUUUAUUCGUGUAUUUUGCGGUAUUCGAGAUGCCUUCCUCUUUUCAAGUUCUUCAUCGUCAACAAUAACAAUCAUUAGCUAAUCAUUCUACGCUCUGCUGAAGUUUUCCGUGGGUCUGUCUUUCCUUCCCAUGCUAAAAUUAGGUUCUAAUACUUCUUGCGAAAAACAAUUUUGUGUCAGAAAAAGCUCUUCGCCGCUGUCCAUGAACUCCAUGAUAACACGAAAGCAUGGACCAGCCCACUAAAUAAUCGAACACGCCGAUAAAAUGGUCAAAACAACAACAAAGAAACCAAAAAAUACAAAGCAAACUUCCUUGAGGACGCCACAAAACGUUAUUCAAAACCUUGUCAAAAUCUCACAAUUUUGUAGAUAGGUGAGGUAACAUGCGGCGGGUCACCCCACCUAUCACGUAAACGUGAUCGAUUAAAAUGAGAGAUUAUAUGGACAGGCGGGUUACCCCACCUAAGCGAGUCAGCUCACCUACCUGGGGUCCCCCACCUCCAUGUAAAGAGGCCCUAACUCUCGUAAAAACGAUUGCUUCUAUCAGGAAAAAGUGCGCAUGAGAAUACAGUUACCGUACGGGUUGUCCCACCGUGCAGAUAUCAAUGUUGAAAUCAGUCGUGUAUGUAAGGUCCUUUUCUUCUGGAAGACCUACAUUGAAUGGAAAGACCGUCGCUUGCAUAACUCUCCAACAUACAUAUUUUAAUGCAUUUGAAAAAGUUGCUUGUUACCCAGUUUAUUAAACGUUUUAAAACAUUUUUCAGGGCACAUCCGGCAAAGACAAAAAAGAUGCAAAAACGGGCAUCCCAACUGAAUUAAAUAUCGACCCUACUUUGCCUCCGAAGGAAUUUACAGAUCAUCUUGUUCAACUUCUGAAAGGUUUAAAUCUUCAGAGUGAUGCCACAUCAAUUGAACAUGACAUCACCCUUGAUCUCUGGGACUUCGCUGGUCAACAUCUUUACUAUGCGUCGUACCCAGUUUUUUUAUCGACACGAGCAGUUUAUAUGUUGGUGUAUGAUCUCAGCAAAGGAUUAAAGGAAACUGCUCAGCCAUGUUUCCGACAAGGAACUUUGAAACUUCAUCUCACUAAUCCAAACAAGGAAACGAAUAUGGAACAUUUAUUAUCGUGGCUAGUUUCCAUCAGUAAUAUGCAUUUAUUACAACAACCAGAAGUGAAUGAAGGGGAAAACCUGCCCUAUGUUCGCCCUCCAGUAUUCAUUGUGGGAACACAUGCGGAUAAACCACAUCAGGAUGUCAAGGAGAUUGAAUUGCAGAUUCAGAGGAAGAUAGUUGGUAAGGACUUCGAUUGUCACGUGAUUCGCCCUUUCUUCUCGGUCGAUAAUACGCAAGGAUCAUCUGAUGAGGGAGUAAUCGAACUUCAGAAACGAUUGAUUGAAGUUUUGGGGCAGGAGCCAUACAUGGGUGAGGAGAGACCAGUACGGUAAGUUGAAAGAGAAACGCUGAAUUGGUAACUGCGGGUCAGGCCCUAGUUGUUUAAAAGGUGGAUAGCGCUAUCCACUGGUUAAAUCUCUGUCCACCGGAUAGCGCAAUUGUUUUCUCCAAUAUUUUUCCACUGGAUAGUGAUUUAUCCUUUGGAUAGUGCUAUCCAACGUUUGAACAACCCCAGGCCUGGUGAAUAUUAUUCCAUACUGAACAGUUGAGGACUCUAAAAAGUUUAGCAGAAGCUCAUAACUUAAACAAAAGGAGAGAUUCGCUGAGGCAUAAAAUGCUAAAUGGAACAGAAAAUUAUUGAAUGGUCAUUAUCACGGUUGAGCGGUAGAAGGGGGCGUCUUUGGUCUGGAACACCACGGGACCCACUCGAGACACCGGGAGGUACCCCAUAAUAGACCCGGACAGACGCAGACCCCCACGGAAAAACCUAAAUUUCAAAAAAAGCCAAAUAUAGAACGUCCAUGUAAAAACUAGAAAGCUAACAUUUCGUCAAUGAAUCAAUAAAUAUGUUUUGACUGUAACCGGAAAAAGGGAGAUUUUAUUAAAUUGACGAAUUCACUCUACUUAGAAGAGUAAUAAUGGGGAGUAAUGGUAUUCACCCUCCGAGGAUCAUAUCCUGGGUCGAUGCCAUAAGUGGGUUCAGUUUGCAGUUACUUCUCUUCCUUGCUCCGAAAGGUUUUUUGGCCGGAUACUCUGGUUUCCCCUUUAGUCCCCUUUCCUAACAAAUUAAUUUUAAUGAUUUCUUAUGCAACAGAUUGAGGAAAUUUUUGAGAUGAAACUUUCAUCAAAACCGAGUUUGUUUUCCGAUGAAAUCUGUUUUGCCAUUUAUUCGGAAAUUACACCCUCUGAGGUAUUUUUAAAUAAGUCCUUUUUAUUCUCCGUCUUAUCGUUUUCCACUCCUUUUCCUCCGCUCAGGUUACGUCAUUCUCUAAAAUAAUGAAUACCUUACCCUACUUGCAGUAGUAUGUUUUACGUUAACUCAAACUUCAAACUCUAUAAACUUAUUUUGGCUUUAUGCGCUGAAUAGGCUUCCUACCUUAUUUGGCCUGUUAUGUUAGCUUGGAUUUUUUCACAAACACCUAAGUUGUGCCUUAAGCAAUAGCUUUACGCUGUAUGUCUAUAUUUGCUUUCCAGGUGGUUCAACUUCGAGAAAGUUGUCCAAAUUCUGGUUUCCAAAGGAGUGCACUAUUUAGACCUCGAAGAACUUCAAGAGAUUGUGCAGAAAGUGUGUUUCAUUGAAGAAGAGGAUGAAGCUGGCACUAUGUUGGAUUUCUAUCAUGACCUCGGCAUGAUUGUCAGACAUCGCAACACCAUUGUACUUCAAGCUCAAUGGCUUAUUGAGGUUUUUAAACAGCUCAUCACCAUUCGUUCCUUUAAUGACAUGGUAAGGAGCAAAAACUUCAAGUCCAUAAUCAUAGCCCUGUUUAGUUUAAUCCUCUGAAGUUCAAGCAAUUCCCUAACCCCACUGUGGUACACUCACUAAAGGGGAGCGGUUGGGGUGGGGGUAGGGGUGAGUUUAAAUAUGUGAAACGAUUUUUGCAUAAUGGGUUAUGAUUUUAAAGAAAAAAGAACGAAAACAUGAAUAGGAACCUGCCGACGGAUAUUAGUAAGGUAAAAACAGGCAAAAUGUUCAUAUAACGUUUUUUUUGGAAACUUGAGCAAACGCCUUGUUGUAGGUUUGAGCCAUUGACCGAAAGUCAAGCGACUAAGCCACGAUUCGAGCCCCAACGUGUCGAUGGUGUCGGAAGCUACCGUAAAAUUCCGAAAAUAAGCCCCUCUAAAUAUAAGCCCCCCAUAAUCGUAACGCAAAAAACCGUCCGGUAAAUCGCCCCUCCGAAUAUAAGCCCCCCGGCGGCUUGUACUCGGAAUUUGCCUUCAAAUACAAAGUAAAACAAGACGCUACGGAGCGUACACUUCGGCGUCGUUGUUGUGGAACUGAUUAGUUGUAAAUGCGGAGGAAUAGUAAGAAAUGAAAUAUGGUAAGAGUAAGGUGUUAAUUUGUAAAAUGACAGGAUUUGUCAGGAUAUUCUGAAAAGAGCAACAUCCAAAAGGCCUAAUUGCCAAAAACUAGCAUUUCCGGACAUAUUGUCUGUGAGAUAUUAGCCCAGUUAUGCCCUAUGACUCCAUACAAAUCCUUCUAAAUUUGACUUGGGUCUAAACGUUUAGUCUUAAGUCAAAUAUGAGGUUACUAGCGGUGAAUAACAAGUCUAACGAAACAAACAGUGAAAAAAGAAUUCUCUUUUUUUUUUAGUCACAUCAGGCUUCAAAAACAGCAUAGCAGUCUCAUGUACUGAUUAAAGAUAUGUAAGGCGUGGUUAAGGAGUCAAUUACGUUGAGCAUAGAAUGGGCUAAAACUCAAUGUUACGAGUUUGAAUGUUUUGAGGAUAAUUAUUCACUGACUAUCAGCACGCGGGGAUGUCGGAUUAACAGAAGGAAGUUUAAUACCAAAGCAACAUAGCCUUUACAGAGCUUUAAAACACGGCAUCCGCCAACACAAACUUGACUUGAACUUAAGUAGAACGAAACAGCCUCUGCAAAUAAUAACAAACUCUCACUUGAACUUCAGAUAUCUUAUGGCUUCCGCUAACACGUAAACACAGAACUUGAAAAUCGACCUUCGUCACACUUGACUAAACACAGCAGUCCAGCUCGUGGGAAAAAACUUAGGCCCGGUUCAGACGCCGCUCCACUCAUGUGUCAAACCUAACUGAUGAAUUAAGUACGGCAAAAGAGCGGCGUCUGAAUCAAUUUAGUACGGCAGUUUUAGUUUGGUGCGGCAAAAGCGUUAAGUUCGACAGAGUCUGUCGAACUUUUGUCGAACUUAACUUAGGCUCGACACACGGUGCGCCGUCUGAAUCAGAUGUCGCACCAGUGUCGCUCCAAAGUCGAACUUAUUCAGUUAGGUCCAGGCCUUAGUUCGUCAAAAGAACUCGCUUGGAACUUGUAUACCGUUUGACAUAAGGUUCUAUAAAAUACUAAACAGGGGAAUAGGAGUAGCUUUUCGACAUAUUUUAUGAUUUCAGUUGAUGAUGCAAAUCUGGUGACUCAUGCUGAAAUGUAAACCUGCCCUAAUUAAUUAUUCAUGAAUAAUCCAAAAAACGUAAAGAACGUUCGAGAAAGUCAUGCAACGCAUGAAAGCAAUUAUGCUACGUAACACGCAAAAAAGACAAAAUGUCUUUGUGCAGCAUUUUGUAACUUUAAAUUCAUCAUAAAACAGUUCGAAAGGAGGGCUCACUCGUGUAAUAUUUUUUAACACUGUACUCGAAGAGAAAUUUCGUGUCUCUGCGCGGGCACGUAAUAUCGUCUAUUUAUUCAUCGAGUAAAUUAAAGACUGAACUCCGAAUUUAAGCCCCUCCAAAAAUAUGCCCGUCAAAAAGGGCCUUUGAAAAAUAUAAGCCCCGGGCUUAUUUUCGGAAUUUUACGGUAUUUCAAAUGCGGUUUACUCCAUUCUUAACAUUUUUAGGACGGACCAAUUUUACCUUUUUACCUUUUCCAAUUCAUAGACGGCUUCAGCUUCUCCACUAUUACAAUCUAUAGCAGCAAUAUAGAUAAAUUUGCAUUACUGUUAUCUCAAGACAUAUCAGUGCUUUUUCUAACCUUAAACAUUUUAUUUUGCACCGUUUAUUUGUGUUGGACGUAGCUGCGUGCAUUGCAGUUUGUCGGUCGCUCAAUAUUGGUGCUGUUUCUAACAAUUAACUACUUAUGUUUUAUCCACUUUUAGUUGUUUUAUGUCUACAACACGCCCAUUUACACACACCCUCUCUCCCUUCUUUCUUACCCACUACUUCAGUUGAGACUUAGGAACCCUUUCAUUAGGGUUCCCAUACUUUAAACACCUGUAAUACCACAAAGGUUGCUGGGUGAAUGUACUGUUAUAAAAGUUUUUUUAACACAAAGCAAGGACAUAAUUAAUAAGAUGAAUUUCUAGCCACUUCAGAACACCUUAAUUUCAUACCCAGCUGCAGUAUGAUCGCGCUUCCAAGUGAGGAGUAGCUCCCUUUAGUAAAUAUUUUAAAGUAUUAUCUUAAGUUCCCUGCUAGCGGGGUCUCUCAAGGGGAGAAAAAAUUGAGAGAAUGGAAAGAGACCUCUUCCGGAUCCCGGUGAGUUGUUUAAUGUAGCCGCGCCGACAAGAUUUAUGGUUGAAACUGAUUGGUUUUCUCGUGUGGAAUGCGCGUGCCUGUUGAGACUGUGCGCUUGAAAUUUCUGAGCCAACAGUUUUUAUGGCCUUUCAUGAAAUCUGCGUUUUCAUAACUUUCGCAUUUCAAUCAGGCUAUAAAAACAUCCUUUUCUUAGCAAAGCGAUGAAAAUGUAAAAAAUAACAUCACCGCAAGAAAAAUCAUGCACACCUAAAAGGAUGUGAUAUUUUUGCGUAUUUUCCGAGGCGCAAACCGGUUCUGUAAGUUGUGUCGCACGUGACUACUAAAACGUCAUGUUUGUUAAGCAAAGCCAGCGCAUGUGCAUUUUCCGCUUCCCUUAUAGACCUGCUAGCAGCAACAAUCUUAAGGUUCUAAAUUUUAUGUGUAAUCUAUUUGUUAACGUUUAUCUUAUAUAUUUCUGGUCUUAUACAUAACUUUCACGUUUACCUUUGUCACAAUCUAUAAACAUUGAGGUUAACCCAUUGACAAUUGAUAGGCCCUGAGGAAACCACGAUUGCUCUCCCGCUUGUGAAGUCACCGCUGUCUACGUUGAAUGGUGAUCUUCGUGCAAUGAACACUCAAAGUUUUGCUUUUUGCUAAUUCCCCAAACAAACCAAAACGUUUGCAUAUUCGCGUCUGAAACGAACAACUUAGUUUCAGUUAAAAUUGAAAACAUAGUAUUGAAUAAUUUUCCUUUUUUGUCCAGGUCAGAUGGCGACUUCUUAUGCAAAUGUCUUGAAAUUCCAGUGAGUGCUAAGCCCAGCCAAUAGCUUUUAUGCUCUUGGGGCCCAAAAGAGAAAUAAAGAUUCUUUAAUUUUAAAUGAUUCUUUAUCAUGUUUUUUAUUUUAAUAACUUUAAUUCGGUCUAUUCGUUAUUGGUAGGAUCCAAAGCAUUCUAAACUGUGGAAAGAAAUGGAAGCAACAGGUGCUCUCAAAAUGGAACUUGUUGAUUACGUAUUUUCCAAGUUUUGUGAGGAAGACAGUGUCAAGGAAGAUAUACUGAACAUGAUGGAGCAGUUCGGAUUGAUCGUCAAGUUUGCCCCCUCACCCAAAGAUAAAAUGUACUUUGUACCCUGUCAACUUAAGACGCCACCUGGACGCAUUUGCAAAGUGGAGCCAUCGCCUUCAGAUCCGUGCCCACUGUACCUACGCUUUUUGGCAGGAUUUGUUCCUCGCGGUCUUUUCUGUCAGCUUAUGUCACAAUUAACAAGAUGGUGCUCUGAGAGUGGAUUCGAGCAGAAGCCACAUUUUUUCGAUGGAGCAUCUCGGUUUUUCAUUGAGAAGGAGCCCUUUCAUCAGUUAAUCCUUCUGUGCAAGAAAAGAGUCAUAAAGAUCAUCUUAAAGAAGCAAAAAAAGCAAGACUACCUUGAAGCAAACAAAGCACCAAUUCCUGAAAGUAACGACGUGGCAGUGGCUGUGCGAGAGUUUUUGGAAGAGGCAAUGCAGUCACUAAUACGGGGGUUGCCCUGUUGGAAUAACCUGGCGUAUGACUUCAGUAUCGCAUGUCCUGAAUGUAUGCAAGAGAGGGAAGAGUGUUCUGACCACGGUCAGGUCUGUUGUACUCACGAGGACUGUCUGUGCCUUCUAAGCAUUCUGAAAGGAGGGACACCUAGCCAGUGCCAAAACAGUCUUGAGACGCCGACACUACCUGGACUGAGAAAAUGGUUCUCUUUCAAAGGUAACUACAUUUCUACUUGGGCAGUGAAUAAGUUUCAAAAGUGAUAAAAUCUUAUUUUCUUCAACAUCGGCUGACACUGAACGAAACAAAAGGUUAAAUUCGAAGACGUGGUUUUUGUAGACAAACGUGUUAGAGAACUAAGAGUUAAGCCCGGUAUUUACCUUGCUCUUUGCUGGAGCGGCACUACUUUUAAGUGGUCCCGAGUCAGGGGCACCCAAGCCCUUUUCCUUUUUUUCUAAAUUUAUUCUUUGUUUGAAGGGGCAAAUAUUUGCCUAGGAAUUUCUUAAGCUCGAGGAAGGCUUAAAAUUUCUAGAUAUCCGUUCAGUUUUCCUACCAACUUAAUCACGAUAUUCUGACAGAGGUUGUGUUUUUUCAGAUUUUACUACCGAGAUAUUGUUAUUAUUAUGAAAACAAAGGUCUAUUGAAAAUUUCUGCACAGAGACAAAACGUCAAGGUUAAAGCCUUUUAUAUAAAAUGACGACAACCAAGAAGUACGGUUAUGUUCUCGAACUUUCGAGCGGACCCCGGCAUCAGGAUAGCUAACAAUUUCGGAUAAGACGAAAAAGCCACCUAAAACUUUUAGGGCGACCGAAGUUCCCCUAAGACAUCCGAACAGAUAAAUAAUUUUUUGGGGCAGCUUUGCUGUAAAUGAACCACAUAGUCUUCUUGACGUAUUUGGAAACAUUGUUGUUGGGUCUCUGUCCCUCAGCCGGGUGUGUACACUGCCAUCGGUAAUUUUUCCAUGGAUUGUUGUUGUUGUUGUUCUUCUAUAGUGUUAUGAAUACGUUGUUAUAAUCGGCCAAUACGAAGCCUUCAGAAAAUUUAUAGUUCGGGGUUUUGAUAGACCGUGAUACCUAAAAUUGUUGUAAUCAUUCUGCAUAUAGUCUGCCUAGGAGGAGGCUGAAUGGCAGCUGUUUUGUUCUACGUGUAUACCUUCACCUUCUCCACAUAGUUUCCCAUCCACUUUUAAAGUUAGGGGAAUUAGUUUUUUAUUAUUUUGAAGUUAAAAAACAAUAAACAAUUCCAACGGGUAAAUGGGCGUAAGAAUCCACUCUUACAGUGAAACAUUUAAAAGACAAAAAAGGAAAUCAAUUACGAAUUUUGGACUAAGCGGAAAACCAUGGUUAAAAACUAUAUAUCGAGGUUCAACUGGAUAUAUUUAAUUUACAGUCAGGUCAGUAAUAGACAGUUGAGAGAUUUCAAUUUUACCUUUACAAAAUUUCUCUUUUCUGCGAAGCUGUCCAGCCUGGUUAUCACCCUGGAACAGACGAGGUUUACAACAUGACAGCUCGCCCAAGAGGAAUAACGCUGAUCAUUAACAACGCGUCUUUUGCCCAUCAUCCUACACAUGGACAGCAGUUACCUCGUCACGGGUCCGAAGAAGAUGUUCGUCAAGUUGAAGAGCUAUUUAUUGCCCUGGGUUUUGAGGUACAAAGGAGACAGAACCUUUCAAGACUACAACUCUUGGACGAACUUGAUGAUGUUGCUUGCCAAGAUCACAGUGCUUAUGAUUGCUUUGUGCUGUGGCUCAUGAGCCAUGGCAAGAGUGGUGAGGUGUUCUGCUCUGACGGCAACACGAUACCUAUUCAGACUCUUCAUGAUAUGUUCAGCGGAUGCGAUAAGCUAAGCGGUAAGCCAAAGCUGUUUUUCAUCCAGGCGUGCAGAGGUGAGGACGAAGACGAGGGGGUAACCGCGUCCAGUGAUACCGGCAUUACGUCUUACGGACAUGUUGAUUCCCCCUUUGACUCAGUGAAGAACCGUCCAUCCAGAGAACCCACUCAUGCAGAUUUUCUGUACGCAUUUUCCACAGUCGAUGAGUAUGUGUCGUACAGGGAUGAAAAUUUAGGAAGCCACUAUGUUCGCGGUCUCGCUGAAGCAUUCCGUGAACGUGCGUUUUAUGACCACCUUCUCGAUAUUUUAACAGUAGUCAACCAGAAAGUCAGUAACAUGGAAGCCAAGCGACCAUCAGGGGAGAACAAGAAUGAAAUCAAAAUCUGUAAACAGAUGCCUGAAGUUAAACAUACCCUGCGGAAAAAAGUUCGUUUCUAGACGCAUAUCUUGAGCGUCGUGUUUUGCCUGUUACGGAUCACUGCUACGGCAAAUAGUACUUUAGGGAAAGUAUACAAAACAUGGACCUCCGGUCCAUGGACCAUCCCUGUGGACCUAGUACAUGGACCCCUUUUUGGACCCGGUCCAUGGACUGGCUUAUGGGCCACCCCCUAAUUUUUGAAGAUGAAUUUUAAUAGAGGUCUAAACGAACUUUCAGGAGAGGGUCGGAAACGGGGGGCGGGGGGGGAGGGGUGUCGUGCAUGCAUGUUCACGGGAAUUAAAUUAAAACAGACUUUUCACGAAUCAUGUACAAUUCAGCGUUUGAUUUUAUUUUUCGCUCAUAUAGAACUGAGGUGUCGACCAUUAUAAAUUAUUGCAUACACAUGAAAGAAUUGUCUUUUAGUAGGUUAGUUUUUAAGUCUAACCUAGCUGUAUAGAUAUUAGAUAUUAGAUUUUUUUAAACUGAAAUUUACUUGUAUAGUUUGUGUAGCUAGCAGGUUUAUCGUACACUGGGUAUUUUCUUUAAGAAAGGGAAAAUAAAAUUUGACUUGUACCCAAACCUCUUGUGGCUCUGCUGCCAAAAAACAACAGCACUCCCCUGCUUAUCCUCCCACCAGUUGGCUAACUGAAUCAAAUGGAAUCAACUGAAAAAAACUGAGGCCAUAUGGAGCUGCAUGGCUUCCACUUACUGUAAUUAAACGUUAUGCAAAUAAAGCGAGACCAUUGUAACUUUGACAAGAUAAAUAUAUAUUUUUUGCCUUGAAGUUAAUUAUUCAUGUGGUAACCUUCUUAGACAUUUCAGUAUGAUUACAGUUUCCCUCUUAACCAUCAGUACCAUCAGGAUCAGAAGAAAAAAAUUACCUUUAUCUCAGCAGAAUAACAUGAAGAGUAAGGAGACUACAUAGCAAUGUCUUUUUGCCUUAUAUCCCCUUUUAUAAAAUAACUAAGAUAGUACGCGCGUUCUGAUUGGUUAAAAACCUAGGUUUAUUGUGCCGGUAGACUCAUAGAAAACUUAAAGUCAUUUUAUAAAAGCAAUAGACCACACUUUCUAUGGGUUUACCGGCGUGAUAACCCACUUGGGAUGUUGGGAGAACACUCGAAAAGCUUGUAAAUCACUCGCCUUCGGCUUCUGAUUUACAAGCUUUUCUCGUGUGCAAACACCUUUGCAUCACCGAACUCUUCCCAAAAGUGACCACCUUUUGAAAACACCACAAUUGUCCCAGUCUAUAGCCAGAGUUGAAACUUCUCAUAAACGAAAAUUUAAAUCAUUUAAUUCUCAAAAUUAUGCGAACUGCUUUAAAAAUAGAUAAAAUAGUGUUUACAACUACAGUCUCAGUCAAAAUUGUUGGGACACUUUUGUGUCUCCUUGUCCCCUCAAUGUUGGUGUACAAGGUUUGGUGACUGAACCGCGAUAAACAGCUUUGAGAGGCACAAGGGGAGCACGAGAAGGAAAAAAACAGCGUUUGGUCUAAGUUUCCCAACUAUUUUUGUCUGAGACUGUGUCGGGAAGAAAUUUGAAGGCGUGUUGACAGAUAGGAAGGUUAAUCUCUUGGUCGGUCACAAGCGCUGUGUUUUGGUUUGUUGGGGCGUCCAUUGUGUUUCGCGAACGUUUCUAUAGCAGUGAACUGAGUUAUUUUGGCAUCACACAAUAACACAAAGGAUGUCCAGUUCGCAGAAAUUUUCUUGGGAAGCAGAUUAUUGGAAAAUAAAACGAACUGAGUGUGCAAUAAACGGAACACAAAUAGCUUUCGAGUGAGCGAUUGAUAGCGUGACAAUAUAGCACGAGCAUACUAUCUGCCUAAAAUUUAGGGUUUUCACAUACGGAGAGUCGCUCGAAUAUGCCACAUUUCAAGAGAAUAUGUGUGGAGCAUAUUAAAGAAGGCCUCUUUGCCAAAAAAGAGUGUAAGUAACAAGGCCCAAAGAGACGCCUUUCUAAGUUAAGGGCAAGGGGCGAAAGACAGCUCAGAAGAGCCAUGAUUAAGCGAUUUCGAGAGGAAGGGGGAAACUAUUCCUCCAAACUGGAAAAUGCAACAAGCCAGGAUUAUUCCCAAGACGUAUCAGCGAGAACAGUAUCCUACUUUCUAAAUUUCUAAAGAUACUAUUGACUACAAGCGCGUAAAAAGGGUGUCGCGGCUCCAGAAGUGUUUGGUAAAACACGCCCAAAAGUUUCUUCAUGAUAUUCCAGGCUACUGCUGUAAAAUCGACAACUUUUUAUAAGUUGUUUACAACGUAUGUUAAUUUGGCCUUGCGGCAUAUGGUUACAUCGGUUCUCAUUCUUUACCCCAAAUAUACACCUUUCUGAAUAGUUAUAAAACAAACUAUUGUGCCAAAAAUGUGGGAAUUAAGGUACAAAACAUGAAUCAUAUCAAACGAGGACAAUACAUAUCCUUAAAACCUCAAAAAAAGUGUUAUACUCGACGUGUACACGGGUCACCGUACUGAUUAAUUCAAUUAAUAUAUUUGUAAGUUUCUUUCAGCGAACAAUCGGGUCACCAUGAUCAAAGUGUUCAUAACUUGUCUUACAUGUAUCACGGCUCUAUAAACCUCGGCAAUUUCAAUUAGGUGUGAAAGAACCUUAGCCUUUGCUUUCUUAUGCCAUUAUAUAUACCAGGGAGGUCUUAGAAAACGCCCUGGAUAGUACGGUGACCCGUUAUGGUGACCCGUCCAAUCGUGUCACCACCGGUAUGACAUAUUAGGGGCAAGAAUCCCUACGAAAUGAUGCGCGCAGUUUUGACUCAUCCGUUGUUCACUGUUAAAACCCAAUACGUUCAAAGCUUUUUUAAAACCUUGGAAUGUUGUAAUUAAGGGAACAAACACUUCCCGCCACUAGAGCCAACGAGGAGUCACAUACCUAAAAUUCCGCUAAAACACAGUCUCGGUCAAAAUUGUUGGGAUACUUUUGUGUCGCCUUGUCCCCUCAUGUUGGUGUACAAGGUUUGGUGACUGAACCGCGAUUAACAGCUUUGAGAGGCACAAGGGGAGCACGAAAAGGAUAAAAAACAGCGUUUGGUCUAAGUUUCCCAACUAUUUUUGUCUGAGACUGUAGUAAUAACCAAACGUUACGGAGUGCGGGCGACAACGAUCGAAGGUCAAUAUGCUUUUGCUCCAUCGCCGUGUGCUUUGCGUAAGUUUCACGGUCACAGAUACUCAAAACACGCGUGAUCAGAUUGCGAGUGAUAGAAAGUCCAAACGCACGUGAUCAAAUUGCCUUCUGUGCAUUCCAUUCAUUCUUAGUGGAACUGUGGAAGUCCAAACGAAUGCUGGCCAUUCUCGUCCCCAGAGCCACUCGGCUUAAUUUCUAACGAAUUCAAGACCACGUGACCAAGAAACGACAGGCUCUGGGAACGAGGAUGAAUGCUGGCUACAUACAUGCGACGCAUGCGUAAUAACAACCUGGAGAUUAGGAUUGCAGGCUCCUCUUGUUGCCCACGAGAAAAUUAGCAGAAGGAAACCUUCCAAUGUCUUCGAUAAACUAGAUAACUUAGGCUUACCUAUUCGAAAUAUAGGGAGGGGACAGCUUUUCAGGACACUAACAGAGCGGGGGGAAAAAGCCAAAGAAACAAACAAUUUUGCAAUAUCACGGGGGAUACCAAGAUCACUGGUGAUCUAGGUAUCCCGGGAGGGUACCCUUACCGACAGGCAUUCAUUUCUCCCCCAUGGACCGUGGGGAAGAAAUGAAUGGGUGACGAACGAACCCCUUACCUAAGGAGGUCUUCUGGGAGGCUACCUUACCUGGGGAUACCCAAAACAGUGAAGUAAUAUGAGAAGGGGAUAGUGAUUCCGAUGGAUGGCGCUGUCACAGUGAUAUGGGCAUCCCCGCGUUUUGGGCAUCCUCAUUCCCAUAUCCCUAGCGUUUUGGGCAUCCCCGGUGGGGGAUGCCCAAAACGCUGAUCACUUCGACUUUGCCUAAAUUAUUUCAGACUGGGGAAACGUCGGGUUUGUCAAUCACGAAUUUACGGCUGAAUAGUGUAGAUGCAUGUUAGAAUUGUAUCGUCUGACACUUUUGGCCGGGUUUAUUGCGCAGAAAAAAAACCCAUAGGCAGUAAACGUUGGCUCAAAACAUGACGAAACUGAAAUUUACAACUGCAUAACAUCGCUUCGCUGUACAACACUUCAGUGUUUGCAAAGCUUCGAUUUUACUUAAUAGAACUGUUUACAAGUGAGCAAUGCCGCAAUCGCCGGCAGCUGCGAUCUUCUGAUUCCAAACAGCCAAAAACAAGAAUACUAAACAAAGAAAUCAAAAGGCAAACAUUAAUAAAACUGCAUUUUGCGGUGUUGAAUUCAUAGUAUACAUGACAUUUGAGCUCUGUACAACUUCACCCCGCAGCGCUACUUGACACACGAAAAGCUGUCACACAAUUACAGAGGCCUCUUGCACCGACAGGACAGAAGAAAUCAGUUGUCGUUUUGAGAUGUAGUAGGGGCUUCUAUUAAAUCAAUUCCGACCAAGUACCACACACCUUGGGAACAACCUUCACAGGGUGCAAAACGUCGCAGGCCUUCACUUCCGGUACAUUUCUCUGGCACCGGUCACAACGCUUUAUCUAAGGAGAAGAAAACAACUACCAGUGAAAACAAAACAAACAAACAAACAAAAAACUGAAAAUUUAGUUAUGAUCAAUGGACGCUCCAAUGAUGGUCACUAGAAGGGAUGUUGUGCUUGGCGCACACAAGAAAGUAUUUCUGAUGUAGCAGGCGUGACAUAAAUGGAUGUUCAAGGCCACACUUGGGUCAACUGGCAGAAAAUCUGUCAUCUUGACCCGUUCAGAAAUAGAACUUCUGAUCGUUGGCUUCACAGAAAAUAAUAACAAACGGGAGCUAUAAGGACUGCGGUUUACAAUUCCCUUUGAUAACCUACCAAAAGAUGCAAUUAUGCCUCACCCUUUCAAAGAACACUGAAAACAGAAGAAAUUUAGCAUAUAUGUUUUCGAUUAUCAACGCGGGCAUUUUAAAAACCACGAUCAAGAGGGUGCAUUGGCAAAUAAAUAAAAUUUGUAACUAACCAUUUCCAUCGUUUCAGCUGUCGUUUCCUCGUAGUCAGGCAGUAAAACCGCUCUUUGAUUUUUCUAAGACUAUUAUCGCGGCCGGCGUGUCCAGAAAAAGGAACAGAGUGGCACUCUUCGAAGACUCUCGCUUUCUCUUCCUCGGUGAUAACAAGUCGUCGAAGCGCUGUGCCAUCCCGGCCUUGGCCACGAACAAGGACUCUAAUUUUGAGUAUUAUACUCGAACUUUUUGGCAAAUUUUCGCAGAGUCGUUUUGUCUUGCUUUGUAAAGCCUUCCGGAUAAACCUCCUUUUUUAAGACAAUUGAAAAGAUUUCUAUAGUUAGCGGAAUCCAUCUCUAAAACGUUUUCGAUUUUCCCGCAAAAU